AUCAGGUCGAGUUGAUCCGGCAGAGACUCAAGACAGCUCAGAGUCGACAGAAAUCUUCAGCCGAUCAUCAUCGACGAGAUAUUCAGUUCGAGGUCGGCGAGUCAGCUUUUCUCAGAGUUCCUCCGAUUCGCGGAGUUGUUCGAUUCGGAAAGAGAGGGAAGCUGCACCCUCGAUUCAUCGGUCCAUUCGAGGUUCUCGAACGAGUAGGCGAGGUCGCGUAUCGAUUAGCCCUACCUCCCGAAAUUCAGGACAUUCAAAUAUGACUCUAGAAUUUAGUAUCUUCCGAUAUGACUCUAGAGUUCCUCAGGAUUCAUGUCAGUAUUUAUCGGCCAUUUUUGGCAACUCGUCAAGAGAUUUGUAUGUCUUAGUAAUCAGUCAGAAUAUUGUCACGUGUUCAAUAAUGUUGAACUUUCUCAAUGUUCAGAUGCCGCCCCGUAGGGAACCCGAUCACCCAGCUCCUACUCAGGCCACAGUAGUCGCACAGUUCUACGACUAUCAUGCUGAAAAAUUUUCAGGGCAGGGAGAUCCUCGUAUAGUAGACGAAUGGAUUCAGGGCCUUGAGUUUAUCUUGGAGGUCAUGGAUUGUCCUGAUAGAUAUCGCGUAGUCUGCGCUCAGCUUCAGCUCACCGGUGAUGCUCGGCUCUGGUGGAAUGCUUACUGGAGCAUGCGUCCGGGCGAGAAGGCGGGAUGUACAUGGGAGAUGCUCAAGGAGAUAAUUCGUGAGAAGUACUACCCCACUUAUUAUCGAGCAGAGAUGGAGCGUCAGUUCUUAUCGCUCCAGCAGGGUACUCGUACUGUUGAUGAGUACGAGAGAGAGUUUACUAGACUUGCAGCUUUCGCCAUGGGACACAGACAUACGCUCGUGCAGUUUCUAUUGCCCAGGAGGUGGAUGCCAGCAUUAGGAGGGAGGCUGUCCGUGAUCGUACCCAGCCAUCCACCCCAGUUCAGCCAUUCACAGCUCUACCAGCUCUACCAGCUGCUCAGCCGGCAAAGGAGAAGAAGAGGAAGGGGAAGGGCGCACAAACCGACAGGAGGACCCGACAGAGACAGCAGCAGGUUCCACC